AUGGUUCCAAAGCCAGUGCCAUUCCCCGGCUUCACUCCGAUAUCAGAUCGGGUGUAUCUUCGCAAUGGCCCUGAAAAUGCCAAACCAGCCCCGGCUGAUCACCCAACAACCAUCAUCCUCUUCGGCUGGGGUGACGGAAUGCCUAAGCAUGUUACCAAAUACAGCGACGGAUUCCAUGAAUUGUAUCCCUCUUCCAGAAUACUGGUCAUCCUAUCAGGUACCUUCCAAGCCUCAAAUCAGCCCCUGGAUGCCAGGGUCGAAGCCAUGAUGCCCCUUAUCGAUACCGUCUUCCCAACUCCCACUGGCGACGGACUCGAGCAAGAGCGCGUCUUGUUACACGCCAUGUCAAACACAGGCGGCAUCUUCCUGGCCGCUGCCUUUGUCGCGUACCAGGAACGACAUGGCAAGGAUAAGAAACUCCCGCAUCAGCUUCUGGUCUGUGAUUCCACCCCUGGGAGUCUGGACUUUGCCUCUCAGGUUGGCCGCUGGUCUCGAGCGAUGGCCGUGGGGACGUCAAAAUAUUUCCCCUGGCCGUUUAUCAUCACUCAGGGUCUCUGGUAUGCCUUCCUGUGGUGCAAUUGGGCCUGGGAGCGUCUGCGUGGUUCGGAGCCGUCUGGUGUCUGGGCUACGCGGAUUUGUAUGGAUCAUGAUAUUUGUCCGGUCGAGCCUACUAGGCUUUAUCUUUACUCUAAGGAGGAUGAGAUUAUUGGAUGGAAGGACUUGGAGGAGAAUGUUGCGAAUGUCAAGGCUGGUGGCUUCCCGGUUGAACUGGAGAUGUUUGAGGGCUCGCCGCAUGUUGGGCAUAUGAGAAUGCAUCCGGAGCAAUAUUGGAAUAGAAUUGCUGAUUGCUGGAAGGCUACUCAUGGGUAA